UGAAUGCUGACUCGAUUCGCUUCAUUCAGUGCGUGAUCCUUAGUCUCGUGUGUGCGUCCGUCUUUCUCUCUUAAGAUUCGAUUUUCUUUUUUUUACUCGUAUGCAGUGUGCCGAAGUGAACAGAUGAUUCAAGCUCGAUUUCUAUGAUUUACCUGAUAAUCUCAUCUGAAUUAUUGUCGUUACUCAGCGUACGUAAUCGACAUUAGAAACAAAGCCGAACCGGUGGUUAGUAAGAAACGAAAUUGAGUCGUUUAUAUCGUUUAUACGAUCGUAAACAGACAGAGAAAUAUCGUGGCUAAAUUCCUGUCACGAUCAACAUUCCGCGUCCUUAAACAUGCUCGAGGAUCUAAAUAGCUGAACGAUUCGGAAACGAAAAUUGCCCAUCGUUCAGUCGUUAUAGUAAUUUAAUAUGACGUCUAGAAAUUUAGUCGAAUGAAAUCAAUGAAGUACUUAGAAGUUGAAAGAAAUAUCGAACAUCGGUCCAUAUUGAGAAAAAUAAGAGAUAAAACACGAAGUAAUUGGACAAUCCUGAAACAAAUCAUUCAAAAAUGAUUCUCUUCUUCGGUUAUUUCUUAUUGAUGCUAAGUUGCAUGGUACGCGCAACUCCACUUUCGAAAAACGAAUCCAACAUCCUCCGGAUCGGAAGAACUCGCAAUGUGUCGUUGGCAACAGUCAAUCAGGCAAAUUUGAACAGCAAUGAUUUCGAGGCGGGGAAACAUAGACAGGGUUCGUUAAUUGCAUUCAGCAAAAACAAUCCAGAACUUGAUUGGAAGAAAUAUUUGAAGCUGUUCGACGAGAAAAAAGAGCAGCACCAAGAUCUCGAUAUCGAUUUCAUGAAGGAGAAGCUCGAGAGGACAGCGAAUAGUAUCCAGUGGCUGGCAGAUCUUUACGAUCCCCUCAAGUGGUCCAGAGUACCUGGUAAACUCGAGGACGAUUGCAGGAAGGAGCUGGAAUUCUUUCUGAAGUCUCUCAAGGAUGGAAAGCUAUGGGCUGCCAAGAUGUCGGACGCGAGCGGUCGUUACUCGUCGCAAUAUCAUUUUGGAAACGGCUUCUGGCUCGGUUCGAGCACCCUCUGCAAAGAGCUGAAUACCACCGGUCGAGAUGUUCGCCAACAGCUCGAUGACACGCCACCCUAUCCGUUGAAAUUUCACGUGGCGAGGAUGUACUUGACAUUGCCAAAAGAACUCGAAUUUUCAACACGACAAGUAUUUUUGGGUCUUUGUCUGCCGGCUACGUGCAACCAAGCAUCUCUGACCUCGAUGCUGAGAGCGAACGCGGAUCGGGUCGAACGAGAAGGUAACUCAACGUAUCGAUCGGCUGGCCCGAAGAUUCACAUCGUUGAGGUGAAACCUGUGCCUUCCAGCAAUUACAACCCCUGGCGCGAUCCCAGGUCGUACAUCCUUUCGUAAGUAAUGCAAGAAACUUUUUCUCUCGUUGCGGCCUCUGUAAAUCAGACGAAAUUUUUGACCGAGCUCAAUUAUUUCUUCAUCCUCGAGUCGGUUGUUUCUUUACUUGCCACCGUCGUCGAACUAGAUUGCAAAGAGAUUAACAUUUUUUCACGUUGGGCUAUGGAGAAAGUAAUCGCGAAGCUCGGAAGAAACUUUUAACACCUGACGAAAGAAAGAAAGAACUUGUGGAUUGGAAACGGGAUUGUAAUCUCGUCGACGACGAAACGACGAAAGCGAGGCAUUGUGUAGAGAGAAUCUUUGAUUAAUCAAAAAUUCUGUGCACGACACUUUCGCGUGCGAUACACGAGUUGCCGGAAACGAUGUCCGUCUCUGCUUACGUAAAAAAAUUUUCAUAUGUUUCCGUGUGUGAAGCAGCUGUGACGUGACAAGACAAUUCUGUUCGUAAAUUAUAUCGUAAAUUAUAUCGUACGAUUUACACGCAAUUCGACCCGAUCGCAACAACUGUUUACACCUGGUUCCAUUUGCAAAAGCUUACCCGACAUAUUUUCUGCCAUUGUUUCACCGCGAUUUUGCGUGGUUUGACUUUCCUCGCGAAAGGAAAAUUAUAGAAAAUUUAGAAAUCAUAGAAUUCCCAUUAAAGAAUACACAGAGACACAAUUUUUUUGCGCGCAGUUCCUUCAGUUAUAAGACCGGAAUUUGCGCAAUAGUCAACAUUCACUUCGAUAAAUAAGCACGAGUAACUUAUACUUACAUUCAUACGCCUAAUUAUGUGUUGAGAUUCACGGUACAAUUAACUUGCAACAGCGUUACGAUCCAUUUUAAUGUAUCUUACAUAAGGAAAAAACUUUUCCUCGUUGUCUGAUUACAUGCGAGUCACGCAAAUAUAAAAUUGUGCAAAAAAAAAAAAAAAAAAAAAAGAAAAAAUAUUAAGA